CACAAUUGCGAUGCAAAAGGAAAAUGGCAUCCCCCUGUGACAGGCUUAUCUUACAAAGUGACUGGGAGCAAGCUUUGAGGGAAAGAAAUGGAAAAGCAUGGCUAACUUAUAAAACAUCAGCUCCUCCUAGUGAGUAUUCUGAAGUUGUCGGGCAUGGUGUUUCAAAUGAAGGGUUGCUGUAUUUAACAACCAAAGAUGAGGAAUUUGUAAUCUCUGACAUAACAAAGAAAAGUGUCAUAAUCACAUACAAUGGGGAAAAUGCCACUCUCUCCAGAAAGUUUGUUGCUCCAGUGUUAACUUUUUCAAGUAUCCAUUCUGCCAGAAAACAGGUCUCUUGCGUGGACACAUCAUCAGGAGGUUUAGGUGUCUCAUGUGAUUCUGAAGGCAAGUUAAAAAUUUGGCAAACCAGUGAUGGAGAAAUUAGGAGAGAUCUACAAGGUCAUGUUGGAGAUGUUUACACAUGUAAAUUCUUCCCGUCUGGGAUUGUGUUGUUGUCUGCUGGUGCAGAUACAAUGGUGAAAGUAUGGUCUGCGGAAAAUGGUAGUUGUGCAGCCACAAUCACUGGCCACAAAGCAGCAAUAUUAGAUACUCAAAUUGUAGAAAGAGGCAGAAAUGUUAUCACAACAAGUCGAGAUGGUACAGCUAAGCUAUGGGAUGUUGGACAACAAGCUUGCCUAGACACUUUUACUGACAUAGGAGGCGAUGUAAAUUGCUGUUCUCUUGAUAUCCCUGAAAACUCAAUCAAUCUGGGGGAAAGAGUUUCACAAAGUGACAGAGAAGUUGGAACAGAGGGGAAAAUGUUGCUUCUGGGGUGUGAAAAUGGUACAAUUCAAGGAUUUGGACUUGCAUCGCGAAACCAGAUAUUCACCCUGCAAUGUGAUUCAGCUGUCAACACAUGUGCGUUUGUGUCAGAAAUGUAUGCUGCUUGUGGCACUCAAGAAGGACUAGUGCAUAUUCUAGACUUGAGAAACACAAGUUCUCCCCUGCUAUCAUGGAAGGAAUCCAGAGGCCCCAUUUUGUCAUUGUUGAGUCAUAAAGGAGGCUGUUUUGUAUCUACAGGUGAUGGUUCUUGUUUUCACUUCAAUGAAAGAUGGGAGACAACUACAGAAUUAACUGGUUCUGACUGUGACCCCAUAUACAGAGUAUCAUGCGAUGGUAACUUCAUUUAUACCUCAUGCAGAGAUGGUUGUAUUAGAAAGUACAACCUGAGUUUUAUUAAUUAAAUCCCACUGUAUUUGCAAUUUUUUUAUUUUGCUUUGUAAGAAAAAAUAUGAGUUUGAAGAAUAAGAUCAAAGCUUGAAAUUAAAAUGUCAAUCCUUGCC